AUAGAAACUCACGAUUUUUUUUUUUGGGAACGGACGACGAUCGUGUUUGUAACUACUGUAUAGAAACGUGAGUUUCAAUUGACGGCUGUAGCUUUACCCUUUACCAGACCUCCUGCUGCUGCUGCUACUACUACUACUACACUUGUUCCAUUUUUACCCUUCGCGGGCGCGUCGCUUCUUCCUCCGUCGCCGGCCGCACGUCGGUUUUGUGCAUCAGCGGCGAUGGGUUCACACGUGGCGGAACUGGACUGGCCGGCGAACAAGGUGAGGGAGACAUACAUGAACUUCUUCAAAGGGAAAGGUCACCAACAGGUUCCAUCCAGCCCUGUGGUUCCUCAUAAUGACCCUACUCUCCUUUUCGCUAAUGCUGGUAUGAAUCAGUUUAAGCCUAUUUUCUUGGGUAUUGUAGACCCUAAUAGUCCGCUGAGCAAACUUACAUGUGCCUGCGUUACACAGAAGUGUAUUCGUGCUGGUGGAAAGCACAAUGAUCUUGAUGAUGUUGGCAAGGACACUUACCACCACACUUUCUUUGAGAUGCUUGGUAAUUGGUCAUUUGGGGAUUAUUUCAAGAAAGAGGCCAUUGGAUGGGCCUGGGAACUCCUUACCCAGGUAUAUAGAUUGCCAGGUGAACGGCUUUACGCCACUUAUUUUGGGGGUGAUGAAAAAUUAGGCCUUCCAGCGGAUAAUGAAGCUAGAGACCUAUGGCUUAAGUUCCUUCCGCCUAGCAGGGUUCUGCCUUUCGACUGCAAAGACAACUUUUGGGAGAUGGGUGAUACUGGACCUUGUGGACCCUGCACCGAAAUACACUUUGAUAGAAUUGGGAAUCGCGAUGCUGCAUCAUUUGUUAAUAAUGAUGAUCCCACUGUGAUUGAGAUAUGGAACGUUGUCUUUAUUCAGUUUAAUAGGGAAGCUGAUGGUUCUUUGAAACCCCUUCCUUCUAAGCAUGUUGAUACUGGAAUGGGUUUUGAAAGACUAACCUCUAUCCUCCAGAACAAGAUGAGCAAUUAUGACACUGACGUGUUCUUACCCAUAUUUGAUGCUAUACAAAAGCGCCGGGUGUCCGAGUCUCUUUGAGCCCCGACUAAUCCCGGGGGUGCACAGGCCCUCGGCAAGGAGUUUCCCGCAAGUGCACCACGGGUAAUUCAGGGUUUCCCCAGUCCGAUGGCCCUCAGAAAUUGUUUGCACCCAGCGGGUUUCGAACUUGAGACCUUGAAAGGGAGCACCCCAAGGCUCAAGUCAAUUGCCACCAGGCCAACCCCUGAGGGUUAGAGCGACUGAAGUUAUUCUAAUCACUUUGUAUUGAAUUUUACUGUAAAUAUGUUACUUUUCGCGCAAUAUAGGCUUGUCUGUGAUUCAGUGGCCCUGAAAGAAAUACGUAUUCAAGUAAUGCUUUAAAGAAAGUUCUAAAAUGUUGUAUAAUCACUUCAUACAUUUUGGUAAUGUUGUGUAAGCACUUUAAAGUGUUCAAUACAUUAUUUUCUUAAGUA